GGUGGCACUGAUUGGCAGCACUGAUAGGUGGUACUGAUUGGUAUUGAUGGGUGACACUGAAAGGCAGAUCAGAUGGGCACUGAUAUGUGGCAUUGAUGUGCACUGGUAGGCACUGGUAUGUGGCACUGGCACGUGGCACUGUUCAGCACUGGCAGCUGUCACUGAUGGACACUGACAGGUGGCACUUCUGGGGCCACACUGAUCAUCAGGGCACACUGAUCAUCAGUGCCCUGAUGAUCACUGUCAGCGUGACAGCUCGUGAGGAGAGAAAUGCGGAUAACCGGCAUUUCCCUGUUUACAUGUGAUCAGCUGUGAUUGGACA